AUGUUUGUGGCCCUACUGCACAAAGAAGCGAGACUAGUGUUGCUACAAAUUCAUCUGGUCUCUGAGUGCUAGCUUGAGCGAAUGCAGAGGUCCACCUAUCGUGAAGUGCAGAGGCGGCUCUUCAAACUUUGGGAGGCCGUCAACAAGAAGGAGAUGUCACUCAGGCAGCUGCUCAAAGGAUGUGCCAAUAUAAACAGGCCAGUGAUGCACUGA